AUGGGUGAUGCUGCUAUGGGCUUUUUUCUCCAACACCUUAAACAGCUCCUUGAUUACCAUCCUAAUAUAAUCAUUGACGUGAAGGAAGAGAUCGAAUAUCUGUACAAGGACUUGAGUUUGUUCAACGCCUUUGCCAAGGAAUUCAUAGGAAACCGUACUUUAGAAAGGGAAUUUGUGAAACAAAUCAGAGACUUGGUUUAUAGAUCAGAAGAUGCUGUGGAUAAACAUAUUUCCGUGGCAGUAAUGCAAAAGUCCAGGAAUCAAUUCAUGAAAGCCAUUCAUAAAUUGAAUUAUGAUGUAAUCCUCCGAAAAGUGAAGAUCAUGUUCGACACUAAGUUUGAGAUUGAGAGUCUGCAAGUUGGUGAAGGAAGCACAUACAAUAAAAAGGUAGGUGAUUUCGAAGGUGAUUAUGCCGAGGAGGUUGAUAAAUGGAAGUGA